ACAGCUCUCAAAAAGAAUGCUCGGACGAGCGGCACAGGUAUGGCCCUCCCCGCUGAAGCUGAGCAGGAGCUCGUGGUAUGGAUGAAUGAACUGCGUGGGGAGGGCAUACCACUUUCGGCUUUGAUGUUGCACUUACAGGCCCUGGAAGCAGGCGAUGAC